AGCAGAAAAAGUCCCUCUCUUCCGUGUUUGACGGUGACACGUAAAGCGUCCACAAGGAAACAGCACACUUUCUCAUUUUUGACCGCUCCUCCCAGCAAACACCCUCUGCAACGCCCAAUAGCAAACAGCAUUAUUAGAAAAUGCUCCGUCAUGUGCUCGCACGGGGUCCGCUGCCGCAAUCCCUGCCGGUGAGUCCCGCGCUGAAGCUGACGGCGCAGAAGGCGAAGCACGCCAAGAACGCCGGUAUACGCGUCAACUUCGUCACGGCAGCAGAGGCGACGGCUGCCGGGGCUGCGGUGCCCGCCGGCUUCACCGGGAAAGCGGGGGAGCUGGAUUUUAAGUCGCGCUGGGCCACAGCAGAAGAGGAUGCGGCGUCACCUGCAAAAGUUGCUGGCCAGAAGCCAGCCGAGCUGGUUGCCGGUCUCGGCAGCGCGUCGACGGUCCGCGACUACCGCCUCGCCGUGACGAGUGCGGUGCGCAAGGCGAAGACGAUGCAGUCCGCCUACGUCUCGCUCACUCUGCCCAAGCAGGACAUCAUGACAAUGACGGACCCUUAUCACCCACCGCAGCGGCUGUCGAGCCAGGAUGUGAUUGAGAAGACGGCGUGCUUCGCGGUGACGGCUGCGUACCAGUACAACCGCCUUAAAUCGCAAACGCUAAUGGCGCAGGCGGACGCGAGAAGGCCGAAAGGACGGGCAUCGGCAGGUGCUGCUGCCCGUCGUCGUCGUGGCGCCAACACGGCAGAAGCUGCGCCGAUGGAGUUGAUUGUGCCGACGAGCAACGUGCAGGCGGUGCGCACCGGCGAGGUGAUUGGACACUGCGUCAACGACGCCCGAAACCUGGGCAACCUGCGCGAGGACGAAGGCGUGCCGGAGUUCUACGUCGAGUGGGCGAAGAAGUACAUGCUGCCGGAGGGCAUCAAGGUGCGGAAGGUGUUGCGCGGGCAGCAGCUGGAGGAGGCGGGGCUGAACCUGCUGUACAACGUCGGCCGUGGGUCGCGGUAUGAGCCGCAUAUGAUGGUGCUAGAGUACGUGGGGAACAAGCGGUCCUCGGCAACGACGGCGUUGGUAGGCAAAGGCGUCACCUUCGACUGCGGAGGCCUGAACGUGAAGCCGUACGGAUCGAUGGAGACGAUGCAUACCGACAUGAUGGGGGCCGCGACGGCGCUGACGGCGCUGAAGGCGAUUGCCACGCUGAAGCUGCCGAUCAACGUGGUGGCGGCGGUUGGGUUGGUGGAGAACGCGAUUGGUCCCGACAGCUACCACCCGUCGUCCAUCCUCACCAGCCUCAAGGGCCUGACGGUGGAGGUGCUGAACACCGACGCCGAGGGGCGGCUCGUGUUGGCGGACGUGCUCACCUACGUGCAGCACCGCGCCCCGCUCGAGAAGACGCCAAAGCGGAUUAUCGAUCUCGCCACGCUAACCGGUGCCAUCAUCGUCAGCCUCGGCUCGCGUCGCGCCGGCGUCUUCGCGUCGCAGCCGGCCAUAAUGGACACCCUCAUGGCGAGCGGCACGCGGUGUGGGGAGGAGGUGUGGCCGAUGCCCAUCGGCGACGAGCACAAGGACGCAAUGAAGGGCAACAUUGCGGAUUUGAUUAACUCGGCGCCUGGUCGGCAGGGCGGGUCGUGCACGGCGGCGGCGUUCUUGUCGAACUUUGUGGAGCCGGAGGUGCAGUGGGCCCACCUGGACAUCGCCGGCGUGGCGGAUAUGGGGGACAAGCCGAAGGGCUACGCGCCGGCUGGUGUGACGGGCUACGGUGUGCAGCUGUUGGUGGACCACCUGCGCCAUAACAAGCUAUAA